AUGGGCAAGAAGCCUGACAACAGUGUCAGUGUCAGGCAGCCGAAGCAGAAGGCUGAGGUGACAGUCGCAGUGGAGACUACUCAGCCAGCAGAGUCAAGAGUGCCAGAGUCACUCAGUGUCCCCACUCAGAAGAUUGUGCCCACAGUGUCAGACUCGGCAGCAAGUGCGCUGCUUGCUGCAGAUCCACCAGAGGUUCCAACUCUUCCGGAGAAGAAUGAGCAGGCCAAGAGGAUGUCUGCACUUAGUGUCAUGCAGCAAGUCACAAAGUAUGUUCACCAUCGGUGGGCUGCGGAGUGUGGCCUUCCGCCCGGACAGAAGCUCAAGGAGCUGGCGCCGCUUUCCAUCGAGAAAAACGCAGCCGUGCAGACAAACUUCCGAGAGUCAUGGAGCCCGUCCUCCUGUCAAGUGUCAAUGGAGCGACGAGAAAUGUACGAAGCUGGAGGGUCACUCUUUUGGCUUGAUGGUUUGGUGACACUUGCUGGCUGGCAGGAUGAGCCUGUCUUGGUGGAAGCUCCGUCCAUGUGGGACAUUCUGGAGGCCGAAGAGAUCUUGGUUCCACCGAGUCCCAACCAACUGUACUUUGGCGAUCCCUUUUUGGCUUAUGUGCAGAACUAUGGAAACGGAGUCAACUUCCCAGUCGGGAUGAGGCUCAUGCGGGGCAUCAUUCCGCUUUUUGCCUGGUAUCUCGCUGCGUGCAGAGUCAUCCUAAGCCCUCUGAGCCAGGCGCGAACAGAGAGGUUGACGGCGCUGCACACCAUGGCACUGACAGUGUCAAUCAGAGCCUACCACUAUGUCAGAAACAACAACAGCACCAUCGUCCUGCGAUCCUUGCAAAACUCCGAGAAGAGCAAGCUCACUGCUCCUGGUGACUCGUUUCAGAUGUUCACGAAGAAGUUGGGUCAGAUCAUGGAGAGUGCCCCCAAAGAAGAGUCAGAGUCACAGCCCAAGUUGCUCAAGUUCCUGGUGGACAGGAACAUUCGCUUCAAUGGCAGCCUUGUGAACCGCACACUUCUUCAAGCCGCCUCGAACUUCUACAAGCUGCUGACUCCAGAGAUAGAGUCAACGCUGGACGCAAUUCAGCGCGAAUUUGGGCGUCCUGUCUGGUCUGCCGGAUACAACAAGAUAAUGCGUCUGUGUCAAAUGGCAGCCAAAAUGGCCGGUGAUUGGCCCAAGGACACUGCAGUGUCAGACUUGGUUCACUUCGCCCUGGACUGCUGCUUGAUGCAGCUUCGCCGCAGACAGUGCGGACCUGACUUCUUCAAAAUGGAGACCUUGGUUACGGAGAAAUCCGGCUGGGUGCCUAUCACCUGCUUGAAGUGCUACCUCAUCAUGCACCUGAUGUCAGUGUCAAAGGCAGCUGCCGAGAAAGAGUCUGAGUCAACGACAAGUGCUACGCGGCUGCCCAAGCAAGACCUGUACAAGGCCAUGCUGAAGGUGGCUUCUCCGUCAUCUUAUGACGAGAAUGUCCCCUUGCCAGAGUCGGACGAGGCGGUUGAGGAUGACGGCGACAUCCAUUGCAAUGCGACAGAGUCAAUGGAAGGUGCCGAGAACAGCAACGAGCAAGCUUGCGCAGAUGCACUGGCAAAGGUCACAGAGAAGUUGUCCAAGGCGGGCAGAGCGUGUGUGGAGCUCAUCAGGGACUUCAUGGAGGGCAAGCAUGAGGACGCCCUCGCGAAGUUCACGAGUGUCAAGGAUCCAAUUUUCACCUUGAUGGAAGCGUCAGACAAGCAGCCAUUGGGCAAAGCCUUCCGGGCGGCAGUUUCCACCAUGGUUGCUACGGCUUUCACGACAGAGUCAUCUGACGCCCCUAUGAGCUUUUGGGAGCUCGCACGCAAAAUGUCGGAUCCAGAACAGCCCGACGAGUCUCAGAAAGUCCAGCGUCAAAAGGUUUGGGUUCAGGCACAGCAGCUGCGCAAAAAAAACACGCAGCUGGCGCUCUGGAAAUGCGGCAGCGUGGACUCUUUGAAGAGUCUUGUGGAAAAGUCGCUUUGGAAACAGUGUCAAGGCAAGCUGAAUGAAACCCACAGGGUCAUCUUCUUCUCGUCCGACUUGCUGGAUGAAGGCAAGGGCACCUGGCAAAAGCCUAUGGCAGUCCAGCCGGACUCGGCAAACCCGAUCAUGAAGUUCCUCACGGACUACACUUGGAAGGAGCACGACAUGAUCGUGCUCUUUGAUGGUGGCUGCCAGGACAACAGAGACUACAUCCGCCAGAGUGUCAAAGAAAAGAAUAUGAACGAGUUUGUGCUCUUGUACUCACGCAGAAGCAGAAUGAGCAGAAGUCGGAAGGUGUUCUGCGCCAGCCAACGUCUGGAGCAUGGCAUGAUCAAGACUUUCGUCCCCAGGGUCAGAGUCAAUGUCAAGGAGCGGAAUGACCAGUAUGCCAUCCCGACGGGGGACAAGAAGGACGUCGCCACGACGCACGACCUGAGCAUGGUCGGGUUGCCGAGUCUUGAGAGGCGCCCCAAGAUCAGCAUCAGCGAGAAGGCCAAGAUAUGGGGUGGCGCUGACCUUCUCGACGAGCCGCCCAGAUACCGGCUUGAGUCCGUCCCGAUCUUCUGGGCAGAGUCAAAGCCCUGGGACUGUUGGGACACGUUGCUGGCUUGCUUGGACGCCGGCGCCGUCCUCGACUUGACCCCAGGGUCAGGGUUACUUGCCAGCGUGUGCAUGGCUGCUGGCAUAACAUAUACCGGCAUUACCAGGUCGGAAGACUUGUCGGAGUCAGUGAACAAGCUGUUCGUGGAGGUCUUGAAGGAGCUUAAUGAUGCCGAGCUGCAAGAGUCAGAUGAGGACAUGGAUGAUGAGCCACUGGAAGCAGCCUAG